CACCACAGCAGUUUUGCAAUCCUCAAGAGCGACUCAUUAGCGGCCCCGCACGGUUCCAAGUUUCUGCUGGUCACCGAACCUAUCUUUUGAAUCUUUUGAAUUUGCUCCGUCGCAAGCGCCUGUCGGCUGCACACACGCGCCCAAAAUGUCGGACUACGUCGAGCUGCCCCCCAGUGUCCGGAAACGGUUUUACGAGCCGGUCGUGCUACUGGACGCUCUCAGAUCCGUCUACCUCAUGGAUCACAGAGUCUCCGAACCUGAUUUAGAGUCGGCGUCCGGCAAGUCUUCCGAGCAGACGUACUACAGCUUUCUCAACAAACUGGCGCAGAUCUGCGACAGCGAGUCUAAGCAGCCGCUCGGGAAGACCGUGACCGCCAUCGUCGUGCUGGACUACGGGAGCAUAGAGUACCGCCUGGCCUCCAACCAACGGAGCACCCGUGAGUUGGACACGGUCAAGGAAUACCUGACAGGAAUCCUGCAGCUGCUCGCCGAUGCCCGCGAGGAUGAGCUGAAUGACAAGGCGUUCACCGCCCGUCUACUCUCGGACAUCUUGGAGAGGGUUCUGGCCUUCAAUCGUCCAAGAAUCGAGGGAUAUCUGGAUUCGCUGUCUGACGAGGGCCGGAUUGACUUCUGCAUCAAUUCAUCGGCUGCCGACGGGACAAGCGAUGGGAAAGCAGUUGCCGAGGCGCUGCGAAGCCUCGUACCGCACAUCAAUGCUGCACGCAGCGCACCGCGGAUCAAAAGCGAUGAGUUCGCCCGUCACUCUGCGGUACUCCUUGAGACCAUCCACUCUCAUUACGAGCGCUGCCUCGAGGAGUACAUGAGGAAUAAGACGCGGAGCAACAGCAGCAUCGCCGACAGCCCGUGGGGCGAGGUCCGACACGCCGUGGGCCGCCUCCUGUCGUACUACAUCGCCAUCAAGGUCAUCAUCUCGGCCCGCAAGUCCUGGCCGCAAAUUUUCGCCAACUUCGAAGUGACCUGGAUCCCCUCCAGCGAACCCUCUACCGACCCGCCCGUCAUCCGCCGCACGGCCAACGGCAUCCUCAGCCGCAUGGGCCGCAACAAGGAGACCAUCGAAGCCUACCAGCGCCACGCCAAGAGCCUGCAGGCUUUCGGUCUGGACGACCGCAUCCGGCAGCGCGCCAGCCCGGGCCGCUUCCGCCCCAUCGUGCACGCCGAGGUCAACUUGCUGGCCUCGGUGCUGCGCGACCAGGCGGUGGCGGAGGCCGAGGGCGACGACCCGGUCCGCUUCUUCGACGAGGCCGCCUUCGGCCGCUACGUCGGCACCAGCAAGCCGACGUGCCUGCUGUGCCGCUUCUACUUCGCGGCGCACCCGUCGGGCGUGCGCUGCCGCGAAUCGCACGGCAACCUGUACUACAACUGGCGCGCCCCCGACGUUGCUGUCGCCGAGGGGCCCGACGCCGCGCGCCAGCGGCUGGACAUCCUCGAGAGCAUGAUCAAGGACGUGCGCGCCGAGACCUCGCGGGCGAUCAGGGAGCGCUCGUACCCACGCCGGAAGCACGACUCGCGGGACACGCCGACGAAUCCGCUGUGGAGUACGCAGCGGGGGAGCUCGGUCAGGGGAGGGAACGACGAUGAUGACCUGGCGUCGAUGAUGGGCCAGGUCAACUUGGAUUCGGCAUCUACGAGGGGCUGGAACGACUCCAUGUCCUCGAGGGAGACGACUCCUGAAGGUCAUGUGUCGGCUGCGGAUGAUGACGACGAGGAUCCGGAGGACGGCGGGGCACGGUUGUAGGUUUUGCUGGUUUACUACCACAAUGACUGUUUUCUGGUGAUGGUGGAUUAAGAUUGAUUGAUUAUUCGAUAUCACGAAUUGUACGCUGAUCCUUUUUUUGCAAUUAAAUAUCCUU